UCAUCUAUCCCCCAACCCUUCAUCACCUCCUCUCUCUAUGUUCACCUUUAAGCUACUAUUCCCAUGGAAACCAGCUUAGAUGGGUCAUAAAAAGACUUCAAAAGUUACUGCUGCUUCCUUGAAAGUGAAGUUCCAAUAUAAAUCCGUUUAGCUUUACUGUUCAUCAUAUUGAAGAUUGUUUGACUUGCAGUCUUUAGGAAUGAAGUUUAUCUGUUUGUUAGAUUUCUAAGCAGAAAGAGUGGGUUUUUAGAAAGAAAAAAGAAAAGGAUCAGCUAGAUGUUAACAAUGGAGGGUUCAUCAAAACCAAGCCAAGGUUCUCAGUAUGUAAACCGACAGCUUAUUACACCAGUGAAACUACCGCAAAGAUCAACUCCACAACAACCACCGAGCCAAACCCUUUUCAAAAUGAGCUCGCCUACUGAUGAUGGUGAUGAAGAAAAUAAUGACUUAGAUAUUGUAACAAGUUCAGGAGGUGGAGGAUCCAGUAGCCGUCGUCCAAGAGGAAGACCACCAGGCUCAAAAAACAAACCCAAACCACCCAUAAUUAUUACCCGUGAUAGUCCCAAUUCUCUUCGAUCACAUAUUUUAGAAAUCACUGCUGGAGCUGAUAUCAUCGAGAGUAUGUCGAGUUAUGCUAGGCGAAGAGGUCGUGGAGUUUGUGUUCUCAGUGGUAGUGGAACAGUUGUUAAUGUAACCCUGAGGCAACCAGCAACCACGUCUUCACCGGGAAGUGUUGUUACGUUGAAUGGAAGGUUUGAGAUACUGUCUUUAACUGGUACGGUGCUUCCUCCUCCUGCACCACCUGGUUCCGGUGGAUUGACAAUAUUUCUGGCAGGUGGGCAAGGGCAGGUGGUGGGGGGUAGUGUUAUGUCACCGUUGGUAGCUUCAGGAACGGUUGUUUUGAUGGCGGCGUCGUUUGCUAAUGCAAUGUAUGAGAGAUUGCCGUUGGAAGAGGAAGAGGAUGAAGAAAAGGUAAAGAAGGAAUCACCUGAGAAAUCUGUUCAACCAACCGCAUCACAGUCAUCUGAUAUUACUGGAAGUGGUUGCGGCGGCGGUGGUGGAGUCUCAUUUCAAAAUUUGGGAGGGAAUUAUCAGUUUCCAACAAGUGAUCUUUUUGGAUGGGGUACUACUGGGAGCGGUGCUGCUGGUAAUGGUCAUGGCAAUGGAAAUGGUAAUGCUGUUAGACCUAACUUUUGAUGAAAGAAUACAUAUCUAGUUAAAGAUGAGAUGAAGUUUAAACAGUAGAUACUGUUUUAUGCCUUUAGUUAUUAAGCUUCAUUUUUCAUCAUACUUUUGGGGUUCAUUUUGUAUACUUGUAAUAUGAGCAGUGGGGAUGCUCCAAUUUUCUUGGGUUAGAUUUUCAGUAGAAUAUAUUUUGGGUACAUCUUUAAAGAACAAUGGAGAAGAAUUUUCUUCUUCUUUUUCUUA